AAAUUCAGUACAUACUGUAUACGUCUGCCAUAUGUUGCCACACCUCAAAAAUUCCUCCUGAAUGUCUUGUCACUUUAUUUAUUGACUGAAUACUUGCCGAGGGCAGACACAUCCGGGGCAGCAGAUGGCGCUGUUGUCCCCGGUCUCAGUUCAGACAGCGAGAGGAAGAGCAGGAGCGUGAUGUGUUUAUUUCAGUUUGAGAAGAUCUCGUCUGAUAAUCUCUGUUCUGUUCUUGAUCGAAACUCUCUCAUUUCUCAGCGAUGGAGCAGAAGAAGACGGUUAUCGUGACAGGUUUUGAGCCGUUCGGGGAGCAUGCUGUCAAUGCCAGCUGGGUGGCAGUACAGGAGCUGGAGAAACUGGGUUUGGGUCACGAUGUAAAGCUUCACGUCUCAGAAGUUCCUGUGGAGUAUCAGGCGGUCCAGACUCUCUUGCCUGCUCUAUGGAAACAGCAUCUUCCUCAACUAGUGGUCCACGUGGGAGUGUCUGGGAUGGCCACUACAGUAACGCUCGAGCAGUGUGGGCACAAUCAGGGUUACAUGCGUCUCGACAACUGCAGUUUCUGUCCUGAAUCCCGCUGCUGUCUGGAAGGAGGACCGGACUGCAUCCACUCUGUCAUCGACAUGGACACGGUCUGUAAGAGAGUCGACUCGGCCGGGCUCGGCGUCUCUGUGUCUGUAUCAAAGGAUGCUGGAAGGUAUCUGUGUGAUUACACCUACUACAGGUCUCUGUUUCUGGGCGAGGGCAGGUCUGCGUUUGUGCAUGUUCCUCCUCUGGGGAAGCCCUACAGCGCAGAGCAGCUCGCUCGGGCGCUCAGGGCCGUCAUCCUGGAGAUGCUCGAACUGAUGGAGAACAACAAGGGAAAGAAACACUGUCUGCACGACCAAUGAAAGCACAAGCUGAGUCUCAUACGCAGUUAUGUAGCCUCGCCUUGGACUCGAGAGUUCAUGCACAUUUGAAGACAUCCGUGUCUUAAUUUGUGUGCUGCAUACUAGGAUCAGUCAGCUGGUUUGAGAUAAACUCAAUCCUACGGCUGCGUUCAAAGAGUCAAGAAAGCACUUUAAUGGUGUACACUUGAAACAUGCAGAGAUUUGGUAUUAUGCAUAAAAAUGACUUGGAAAUGUUGUUUUAAUGUGAAGACACUACGUAUACAUAAUUCAAAAAUGACUUUUUGAAACAGUUGAGGCAAAACUAGCGUUUUUCUCUUGCCGUCUUAUUUCAUUGUUCACCAGAUUAAAUAUUAAGCCAUUUAAACCAGGGUUAAUAUAAUUAAUCACAAUCAGAAUAAUUCAAAUUUUAAACAAUUUAACAUUUUGUUAAUUGAAGUGAUGCCCAGCAACUUUUUUAUUUUAAUUUAGGUGAACUUAAUGCACUAAAAUAAUGAAAAAUGUAUAAAAAUUUAGCAAAACUUAAAAUGUAAAAAAAAAAAAACUAUAUUACAAAAAAACAACUACUAUAACUUUAACUAAAAUUUAAAUCAAAUUAAAAAAUAUUAAAACAACGUGUUCAAAAUAUUAAAAAGUAAAAUAGCUCUAAAAAUAAAAAUGGACAAAAUUUAAUUUAUUAAAUUAAUAUUAUAAUAUUAAUAAAAUCUAAAUAUACAUUUAAAAAAUGAUUAUAAAACCAACAAAUAAAUUACUUAAAAGUUACAUUUUUUUUAUAAAAAAUAAAAACGAAUGAAAACUACAUGGAUAUUGAAUAUAUUUAAGAAAUAAUAAAAAUAAUAGAAAACAUUUAAAUCACUAAAACUUUAGAAAAGGAAACAAAUACACAAAACUAAUUCAAAGUGCUAAUUAAAACUAUUUUAAUAUUUCGAUGAUAUGUUAAAUAAUACUGUUUCAGACUGGUCUCGAUCAUCUGCAGUUUUCAGUUAUACCACAAACACACUCUGACCAGAAAGUUUCUUUAAUCACAGACUGAAGAGCAGAUGCAAAGGGUGCUUUUAUAGAGGAGACCUAAAAUUAUGACAAAAUAAAAGCUAUGGUCUGCCUUCUGGAGCGUGAUAAAAGAGAUAAUAACCAUGUCUGUCUGGUCAUUAAAGUGCCAAUGUGAACACACAGACUUUAGGAUACGAGCAUCGAAUCUAAAUGUUUUUCCUCAUUUCAAGCCGAUUAUGUACAGGGAAAACACAAAGACACAUGAACCUGAUGCCUUUUGAGUAAUGUAAGGUUACUUUCUAUCAGCACUGUUAAGACAUUAACUGUGUGGUUUUUAUUUACAUGAAUUCAAUGAAAUGUGAAAUCAUGAGCUGAUUGUAAGAAGAUGUUUGUCUUCUCUCAGAGGACGUUAUUCAUGAUUUUCUCAUGACAUAUACUCUUUGCAAAAUGCUGCAUAUCAUAUAUCAUAUUGUAUAAUAUGACACCAUAAUUUCUCAGUCCAUUAUUUGAUAUUAUAAAAUGUAAUUUGAAUUGCUUAUGACUUUUUUGUUCGCUUGUUUUUCUAAGAUUUUUACUGGGAUCUUAUCGAUCACAAACCCAGUGGACCAAACUGAUUAUGCUGUGAACCUUUUUUUUUAAAUGUUGCCUUAAACACAAAGCAUUUCUUUGUUUCCGUUGACCCAUGUUAUUGUAUUAAAUAUUCUGACAUCUA